AGUCGCGCAUCAGCCGAAAAUUGGGAGUCUAGUGGCUGUCGGAGCUGUGCGCAGGGUCUGAUAAGAUAUGGCGGGGCUUGCCAGUUAGGUCCAACCACUGUCUCCCUGAUAACGUUGCCAACUGUCAAAUGAGAGAAGUGUCUGGACUUGGAGGACCAUCAGUCAGCGUAAACUGGUUCCUUUGCAUGUGCACGAACAGGAACGAUUCGGAUCGUUAGCAUUCUCGGGUCAACGAGAAACACACCGGCACGUGAUAUCGAUUUUUUGCCCUUCCGAGUCUGCCAGUGUGGUCUAAGAACGUCCAAGCCUAGAUUCAGCGGUACUCAGAAUGAGUGACUGUAAGAAUGUGCUCAUCUUUGGAGCCACCGGGUUGGUCGGCCGCCACAUCAUACAGCAGAUACUCAAGGGGAAGAAUGCUUUCGACCGCAUUGCCAUUUUUACGUCGUCUGACACAGUCAACUCAAAGUCCGAAGAAAUUGCAAUCCUGAAGGAUCAAGGCGUUGAAGUUCUUGUUGGCAAUAUCACGGACGAGAAUGAUGUCAAGAAGGCAUAUCAAGGCGUCGAUACGGUCAUUUCUGCUGUCGGGAGGAAUAUGAUUGAGCAUCAGGUGGAAUUGAUCCGCCUUGCAGACCAAACUCCCAACAUCCACCGAUUCUUCCCUUCCGAGUACGGCACCGACAUUGAGCAUGGUCCUGAAUCUUCGGGCGAGAAACCGCACCAGAGAAAGCUCAAGGUUCGAGCGUCCAUUCGCUCCUGCAAAAACCUGGACUACACCUUCCUGGUGACAGGUCCCUAUGCCGAUGGAGACCCAGUGCUCUACCUGAGUCCGAAUCACGGCGCAACGAUUACCGGGAGUUUUGACGUCAGAACCAAAACGGCGGUGCUGCUUGGAUCUGGAGAUUUGAAGAUUGCCUUCACGACCAUGACUGACGUUGGAAAAUUGCUCCUAGCUGCUCUUACUUAUCCGGACGUGAGUCGUAACAAAGCUCUGAAGGUCAAAUCUUUCACCACCACGGACGCCGACCUUCUCGAAGAAUUCGAGAAGCAGACUGGAGGCGAGAAGUGGAAAGUCUCAUACACCAGCAUUGAGGAGCUCAAAAGGUUGGAAAAGGAGGCCUGGGAAAUGGCCAACCCUCUCGCCACGGUUAUCACUCUCAGGAGAAUUUGGGCCACAGGGGGUACCUUGUAUGACAAGUGGGACAACGAAGCCAUCGGGAGUCCUGCCGUUCAGAGCUUGGCCGAAGCUGUCGCUGCUGCCAUCGAUGUUCAAUUGCAUGGAGAGCGAGAACUGAAAAGGAAGUUGGUAUAGGUUUCAAGCUUCGCAAACAAAAGUUUCG